UUCCCCACACAUAUGCAUAAUUUGGAAAAGAAUUCCUUGAUCAAGGCCCUCGACACGAAAGGAGGAGACGGAUAGGGACGGAGAAAGCAGAGAGAGCUAAAGCAGUAACAAUUUUUUCUUUCUUCUUCUUCUUCCCCGAGCUGUCAAACCUCCAUUAGAGUCCCAAAACAGUCCGAAAACUCACCCCAAAACAGUCACAAAACUGACCUUUAACCUCCAUUUUCGGACAACCAAACACCCCAUCCUUUUUAUCUAGAUCUCAGCCUUCAAACACCAUAAAAAUGCAGCAAAAGCUCCAUAAAAUUCAGUCCAAAAGCACUCCAAAAUCCAGAUCCAAAACAGCCCAAACUUCAACUGUGCGAAAGUCAGCUUGAAACCACCAUCCAGACCCAGCAGAGAUGAGUCCGUUCGGGAACGCCGAUUUCGGUCCGGGUUUCUAGUUUGUAGCUCGCUUGAGGAUUACUGUUCUAGAGUUUCUAUUUUCAUUGUAUCCGCUCUAAAAUUUCACCAAUAAAAGUUGCAGUCACAUGUUCACGAAUAGCCAAAGGCAAGACGAACGCACUGGAAAAUAUGGAACUCCGAGGGUGGAAUACCUUCAGGAAUUGGUAACUCAGUUUCAGAAUGCAUCUUCUGAAGAGACGAAAGAGAAGAUUGUUGCUAAUUUGGCGAACUUUGCAUAUGAUCCUUACAACUAUACCUUUUUGCGCCAGCUUAAUGUUAUAGAACUUUUUCUUGACUGUUUAACUGAGCCUAGUGAGAGGCUUGUGGAGUUUGGGAUUGGAGGAAUCUGCAAUGCUUGUGCUGAUCCAGCAAAUGCUGCUCUUAUCACUCAAAAUGAUGGUAUCCCUCUCGUCAUCCAGUGUUUGUCAAGUCCUGUUAGGAACACGGUAAAUUAUGCUCUAGGAGCUCUGUAUUAUCUUUGCAAUGCAUCAAACAAGGAAGAGAUUUUAAAGCCAGAAGUAAUUGAUGCCAUCAAAAGUUAUGCAGCUGCAGUUAAUACAAGUUUCAGCAAUUUGGCUCAGGCUUUCUUAGAUAAACAUGUCUAGUACUUGUACUGGUGGGAGGUUAUAGGUAUCCGUUGGAAUACUCGAGGUUCAUGCAAGCUGGACCAAACACCACCUUCAUAAAAUAAAAAAAAUGCCCUAUGUUAUCAUCAAAAUCCAAACCAAUUUCAUUUGCUUUGACUUUUGAGUGGCUUACUAUCCUGAAAUAUGACAUUUUACUAAGUAUACAUGUCAAAGUUUUAAAGUGAAAAAAACUUGUGGAUACUAAAAUUGUCGUAAUUCUAGAAAACUAACAGUUA